AUGGAUACAGAAGAAGUUUUCGCUUGCUCACUCAGAGAUUCGUCGUUUUGCGAUACGAUAGACUACACAAUUGUCAAGCCUCCACUAUUGUCGCACACGCCAGAUUUCAGCUUUGACGAAGAAGAACAUUAUGGCCUACCCCAACUAGAUCAGACACAAACCCCGCUAUUAUAUGCUGUUGAGCCGGUGCCAGCAUUCUUAGACGAGGAUAUGUUCUCAUUGGACCAGGACCAAGACCAAGACCGUAUAGAUCAGCAAAACCAAGAUUUAUUCACUUUCCCAGUAUGGACAAAAUCAAGAAACGGCGGCAAUGACGCCCACUCAUCCGUCCUAAUACAGAACUCUUCCAAGACAGACUCAAGCUUCUCUACUGUGCCGCAAGACAACUACAGGAUAUGGCUACAGAGCUUUUAG